CCCCGGUGACUGCCACAACGAAGCAGCAGCUGCCUGCCUGCGCCCUCCUGAUUUCUCUUCUUCACCUCUUUUCCUUCUCCCAUCGCUUAAUUAUUUUAUUUUAAAGUCCACAUCCUUCCCAACAGCCCUGCUCUAUCCACACUGCGUCCUGGGACUCGUUCAUGCCAAUGGAAAAGACUCCGUCCAUCAAUGCCGUUGAGGCUACAGUCGCGCAGGCCACCCAUGCAACAGCAGCAGUAGCGACCACUGCCGCCGCCGCCGCCGCAGCAGCAGUCACAGUAGCUCCGUUCCACCAGACCAUUCUGUUCAGCUGGCUCGCCGGCAGCCUGGCGUCGUGCGGAGCCGUCACUUUCACCAACCCGUUCGAGGUUGUCAAGACGCGGCUACAGCUCCAGGGCGAGCUGGCCAAGGCUGCACCCAACACACCAAAGGUCUACACGAACGUUGCCCAGGCCUUCUGGACUAUCGGCAAGCACGAGGGCCUGCGCGGCCUGCAGAAGGGACUUGGGCCUGGCUACAUGUACCAGAUCAUGCUCAAUGGCACCCGGCUCGGCAUGUACGAGCCGACCAAGCGUGUGCUGUACAGCGCCGUGACUGGCGGACCCGUCGACCCGGCUCGGCCGAACAUUCCGCUGAAUGUCGCUGCGGGCGGCCUGUGCGGCAUGGCCGGGGCAGCGCUCGGCUCGCCGUUCUUCCUGAUCAAGACCCGGAUGCAGUCGCAGAGCAAGUUCGCGGCGGUUGGGUUCCAGCACAACUACUCCAGCUCGAUCGAUGGCCUCCGCCGCAUCUGGCGCGAGGGCGGUCUGCGUGGCCUGUAUCGCGGCAUGGACGCUGCCAUGAUGCGCGCCGGCGCUGGCUCGUCGGUUCAGCUCGCCACGUAUGACCAGUGCAAGAGCUCCAUUGCAAAGCGCCUGGCGCACCGCGGGCUCGAUGGCGAUAGCGUGGCUACGCACUUUUUGGCCAGCAUGGUGACCGGGUUCUUUGUGUGCAUGGUGAUGAACCCCUUCGACGUCGUCAGCACGCGCAUGUACAACCAGAAGGCUGCCGAGGGCGGCCAGGGCGCGCUGUACCGCAACCCACUGCAGUGCUUCUACAAGACCGUGUCCACCGAGGGCGUCAUGUCGCUGUACAAGGGCUUCCUGGCCCACUACCUGCGCCUGGGGCCGCACACCAUCCUGAUGUUUGUCUUCAUGGAGCAGAUCAAAGCUGCGGGCAAGAAGCUGUUCUAAUAAAUCAAACCGAAUCACUGCCCAAUCACCACCGUCCAGUCCCCGAUGCGCAGCGCACGUGACGCAAAACAUUAAUUGCGCAAUCGCCAUUGCCCACCUGACCCACCGCGUUUUCCGGCUUUGAUGCACUGCUGACGCUAUAUAUUUCUGCGGCCCAAGGUCGCUUGGACGCUCCCCUCUCCUUUACAUUUUCCUCUUCAAGCC